AUGUCCUUUGAUUUUCGGGUCAAACCCCCCUCAGUAACCUUCUUCACAGCCGAGACCUUCUCUGUGAGGCUGCGAAGAUGGAAACACUACAUCCCAGAGUUAGCUGAAUCUUCCUUCUACUCAACAUGGGAGUGCAUCGAUGUGCCGCCUCCGGUUCCCGAAGCUUCAUACGUCGCAGAGCUCACCCGAUUGAACGCCAAGAUCGCAGUUGCGAGACCGAGACACGACGUGGCCGGCCACUUGAACGAGCUGCUUGACCUGAUCCGCCAGUUGGACGUUAAGGAUUCGCAAGCCAACCCCUCGAAUAGCGCCCCGACGAAGAUGAUUUCCGGCCAAGUCCUGCCCCCCGAGGAAGCUCAGAAAGCAGCAGAGCAGUGCCUGCUUCUGUGGCUACAGUUGAACCAGUUCGAUAACUCAGCCAUCGUCGACAAAGUCUUCUUCAAAAACAUGUCUCAUGCCUGCCGAGUGCUCAGAGACACCUCUCGAGUCCCCUACGAGCACUUGUACAAGCUCGUUAGCCUCAUGGCAAUGAAGAGCAGCGCUGCCAACUACGCACCAAUGACCGUCGCCGACUUCGCCGAGAUAAUGAGGAAAACGUACCACGAGGAGCUCCUCAUCUUCAAUGAGUAUCCCAAGCAGCAGACGACGCCUCUCAAUGGAGACAGUGACGCCGUACUCUUGAGCACCUACAGCAGCAAAAAAAAGGGUAUCGAGACCAAUGAAGUAAUAGUUUCCUCUUUUACGCCUUAUAUCCUAUCAGAACCGGACGUCAAGAUGAUCCCCAAUCCGAAUUUCGAUGAAGAAGCUAGCAUGGACACCGAUGUCGCCCUCUUGGAGCUCCUCUUCCUUGGCCUCACCGGAUCGGAAUCGUUGACGGUCGAUUCAACAAGAGCACCACUGACGAUGCGAUACAGUGUGGCUCCAAUGGGGCAAUACGAUCUGCGGACAAGCUUGAACCGGAGUAAUAUAACCAACACCGAAGAGCCAAGAUGAAGAAAGGUCCUACGGAUGCGGGAUCGGGAACUGGAGUGACGACGCCUGAGAUCGGCCGCAGGUAAGGAUAUGGGAUCGAGCAAGGAUGACUAAAUGAGUUCGGGGAUGAGAUGAUCCUUUCUUGAGGACGAUGGUUUCUGGGGUGCGUAGGGACGUUCCAAUGCCAUGAGAUGAUGAGAACAAUCGUCUGGCGCAUCGGCGAAGCGGCCGAGGCCUGAGGCGGGUUGACGGCCGAUUACCCACUUUACCGAUGUGAUCCGAUAUGAUUGGUCACUUUGUAUCCAACCCGCUCGGGGCCGAGUUCCACGGCUCCGCGCCACAUUGCAGGAUAGCCCGGAGUUUGCCAUACGAGCAAAAGAUGCGGAAGUGAAAUCGCAAUCGCAAUCGACGCUCUCACAAUAUGUUGGGGGCUAUACCUUUCUUG